AUGGCUUCUGCCACCGACGCGGAUGGAAAUCUGAUGGACCCUACGCUUCACGUGAAGCCGCUGAACAUAAUCGCCAUCACAGACGGAGCUUUUACGGACGACGCUGAGACUGUCAUCGUUGAAGCUGCUAGGAGACUAGAUGGUCCCAGAUGUGAGGUCGUGCCAUGGCAGGCUGGGGUUCAGUUUUUCCAGACUGGGAAUGAUAAAGCGGCGACGAAGCAUCUUCAGCAAUUGGACGAUGAUCCUGGGAAAAGAGUUCGGGGUGAGAAUCUCCGUGAUAUCGUCGAUACUGUGCCUUGGAAAGGGGAGGCCGGCCAUACAUUGACUGCGGACGGUAUUCUGAAGUGUGUACUGGGUGCAGGUGCAUAA